AGCACUAGCUAAAAAAUUGGUUUAAACAUCAGAUUUAAUAUUCUUUAAAAAAAAUAAUAUUCUUGAUAUAAUUGUCCAUCAAUCUCUUUUAUUUUACUAAGUUCUUGGUCUCAAAGACAUCCUGUAGCAAUGAGAUCUAGAGUCUAAUUAUAUACUCUGUGGAAAAGUAUUUCCCUUUAUUGGUUUUUGAAUUUCCCAUUUCUAAACUUCAUUGGAUGUUCCUUUGUACUUGUGUUAGGAGACAGGCAAAACAGAUGGGUCUUGUCUAGCUUCUCUAUUUUAUGUACUUUUGAUGUCUCCUUUUUUAAAAUAAAAAAAUCGCCAUCUUUUAAAUCUCUCUUCACAUGAGAAUUUUCCCAUAUCUCUAGCUAUUCUCCUCAUCCUUUUCUGAACACCCCUCUAGUUCUACAAUAUCCUUUUUGAGAUGGGGUAACUAAUAUUCAUACAAUAUUCUAGAUGAGGCCACACUACUUUGAUUGAUAUGAAGGCAUUAUAAUAUUCUAUUAGUCACUAUCCCAUUCCUUGUGCAUCCUAACAUUUUGAUUUUUUUUUAAAUGCUGCAGCACAUUGAGCCAAGGGCUUCAUUGUGCUGUUCAGAGUGAUGCCCAGGUCCUUGUCCGGGGUUGAGAGAGAAAACUAGAGCUCUAUAAGAUGUAUAAGAUAAUUUUUCCCUUCAGUAUAUAUUACUUGCAUUUAUCAAUACUGAAUUUUAUUCACCAUCAUGUUGCCUAUUUGUCUAGCUUGUUGAUGUCUCUCCGAAGUUCCUCACAGUCCUCUCUGUUCCUGACUAACCUAAAUAACUUUGUCAUUGCAACUUUUACACCUCACUUCUCACCACUAUCUAAUACUACAGGGCCUACUCUGGAAUUCUGAGGCACCCUGUUAACUUUUUACAGUAAGGAAAAUCAACUAAUCCUACUCUUUGCUUACUUUCUCCUAACCAAUUUUUGAUCCAUAACAAUGCUUUGCCUCGUAUCCCGUGACGGCUUAGCUUCUUAUAGUCUUUUGUGUGGGACUUUGUCAAAGGCCUGUUUGGACAUCUAAAUAAAUUGUUGUCUGGUUCUCCUUUAUCCACUACUUUACUGAUGUAUUCAAAGAAUUGUAAGAAAUUAGUGAGACAUUAUUUUCCUGUGUAGAAACCAUGCUGGUUAGACCCAGUUAUCAUACCAUGACCUUCCAAGUGUUUUGUUUGUUUUUUUAAUCGUUUCAAAUAAUUUGUCCAGGUAUAGAUGUAAGUCUUACUGGUCUGUAAUUCCCCAGAUCACCAUUACAGCCUUUUUAAAAUAUAGUUACAACACUGGGCUUAAUGGAGGAAUCACAGAAACGGUUAAGAUGUUUUAAGCAUAAAGCUUAAGCAUGAGAGAGGUCAAACAGACACUGUCAAUUUGCAAUUUGGUCAGUUUUAAAGAAAUUAAAUGUGGUUUAAUUAAUACACUUACCCCUGAAUACUGCCUCUACUCUUUGUGAUUUUACUAUCAUAGUUUCCUAUCCCUUAAAAAUACUUUUCUCUUUCCUGUUGUUUGUGAAAAAUUUACACAGACAACAGGGAAACAAGACUCUCAUCCUGUUUGUAUUUUACAUAGCUGGCCUCUUGUGCCUGCAUGGAGUUCCACUGGUCUCUAUGGGAACCACAUGGGGACAGGGAUCUAACCCUGUGGAACAGCCUGUAGGAUGGAGCCUUAAGUAUUGUCAAAUCCACAAAGUAAGCAAGCUGAAAAAAAUGUUUAUUCCUCUAUCAUUUCUAGUAAUCUUAGAUAUUACUUGUAACUAUAGUAGAUAUAAAUAGUUUCAAACAGAAGUGUGAAUUUAAAAUUGAUUGUGUGCCUUGAAGUAGAAGGUAGUCACAAGGUCUGGAUAAAAGUCAGAAUUUACUCUUUUUUACAAGCAUUUAGUACUACAACUUUAGAUGGGCCCCAAUCCUGUAGCUAGGUCCAGCCACACAGAAUUUAUUGUAGGAUGAAGUCCCUGAAUGAAUAAAUAAAAUACUCAUUAUUAGCUUUAAUUUGGCAAGAGACAUUUUUGAGCAAAGUAACUUCCAAAACUGAUCUAUCGCCCCCAAAUAAAUUAACUAAUUAAAUAAGGUAAAUAUUCAAAGCAUUUUGCAGACAUUUUCUUUUUUCAUGUACUUGCAUAGCGUCUAUGACAUGAUAUCUGGAAGAUCAGAAAAAGUAAGUAAUCUGAAAGAGAAAAUCAGACGUAUGUGCGGUUGAAAGAACGUAGAAAGAAUUAGCGUGUCAAGUGUGGCUUCCCUGUUUUUGCAAGCAAAAGUCUGCAUUGUAACAAAUUAUGAACUGUUGUCCAGAUCCUCAGAGGUUUCUAGGUGCCUAACUACCUGGGCCUGUGUGUUUUGGAUUCUGUGGGCUGACAAUAUAUUGCAGUAUUUUAUGAGAAUAGAAGAACAGAUCCAGGCAGUUGCUCCUUGAUUUGGCAUUAUAACUGCGUACACAGACUCUGUUUUCCAUAUAACAUUUUGAAGUUAAUUGUGUAACUUCACUGUGUAAUUGCAAAGUAGGAAGCACAGUCUUGUGGUUAAGGCACUACACUAGUAUUUAGGGGUUCUAAAUUCAGCUCGAGUCCCUCCCACAAACUUUUUACAUGAUUUUGCAAAAUUCAAGACCCCCCGACCAUGAAAACUUUUCUGUCUGGGUGAUGCCCACUCCAAUAGUUGGAUCCAGGAAGGCAUGACUCACCUGCAUUGAUCCAUUCGUAGCAAUUGCCUAUGUUCUUUGCUGCCUCACAUCCCCAUUUGUAAAAUGGAAAUAAUACUACUUGUGUACUUUAAUGGGAGUUGGUGGUGCUGGUCAGAGCAGUUGAUACAAAGCAAAGAGAUGACUAGUAGGUUUAAAAUAAACAUUAGAAUUGUAGGGGAACGCUUUUUGUUAAAGAGGGGCUUUCCGAUUUCUGUCAAAAACCUUAAAGCAUUCACUUCUCACCUGUGGGGUUUGUUUGCCUGGAUUUUUCAGUCCAUAUUUACUAAUCCCUGAAGCUGUUUUUCCUAAUCUAGGGUUUCAAGCAAUGCAGUACCCAGUGGGCCGGGAUGGGGGGCGGAGCGAGGUAGUGCUUUAUAUACUGAGAAGCAUCUGUGUCCAGCAAAAGGACGGGGGGACUUUGGGCACCGCUUCUACGGAAGCCAUGGGGGUUGGGGUCGUUAAAAUGUACAUAGUGCCUUGCUACCAGCUACAAUUUGCGGCGGGUGGGCCAGGGAACGCUCAGUGUUGCAACAGUGGCCUGGCAGGGCCCUAAACGUUGGUGCUCUUCCCGCACCGCGGAGCAGCAGAGCCUACCAGCGCAGAACAGCCUCGGGGGUCCCCACAGCAAACCAAGCCGCUGUAGUGGCGCAAACUGCACAUUUUCCCAGCAGGCGGAAGCACCUGUCCAAGCGACUACUAGCCCUUUAAGAGCAGAACCCUCCCCGGAGAGACCUGCAACUUUUGCGACGGAGAGCGCUUGUGACGCAAUCAGCGGGCGUUCGAUGGAACGCGUCAGCCGGUUCCAGCGGGCCGGCGGGAGGGACGCCUUUUACCCAGCCGCGGAGGGGGAUGGUGGAGCAGAGACCAUGGCUCCUGCCGCCGCCGCCGCCGCCGCGCAGCCGCCCGAGAUCCAAUUCGCGCAGAGAUUGGCCGCCAACGAGAAGCGGAGCCGGGACCGGGCGGUGAAGAAGCUGCGCGGCUACAUCAGCCUCAGGACCCAGAGCCCGGCGGGUGGCUUCAGCCAAGAAGAAUUAUUAAAAAUAUGGAAAGGACUAUUUUAUUGUAUGUGGAUGCAGGAUAAACCUCUGCUACAGGAGGAACUAGCAAGUACUAUCUCCCAACUUAUCCACGUCAUUCAGAAUAUAGAGGCUCAGCACCUGUUUAUUCAGACCUUUUGGCAAACCAUGAACCGUGAAUGGAAUGGGAUAGACAGACUGCGCCUUGAUAAAUACUACAUGCUAAUCCGCAUGGUUUUGAGGCAGUCCUUCGAGGUACUGAAAAGAAAUGGAUGGGAUGAAAGUCUGAUUGAGCCAUUUCUGCAUCUGUUAAUGAAGGAAGUUAUACACCCAGAGAGUAAUGCUCCCAAUGGAAUAAAAUUCCAUUUUAUUGACAUCUAUCUGGAAGAACUGGCUAAAGCUGGAGCCAAGGAGCUCACAGCAGACCAGAACCUCAAGUUUAUUGAACCAUUCUGCAAAAUUGCUGCCAAAUCUAAGGAUCGUCACCUGAUGCAGGCAGUAGCCCGGGGUAUCUUUGAAGCCAUUGUGGAUCAGUCCCCUUUUGCCAUUGAAGAUCUAAUGAAAGAAUUGAAAACAAGUGGUGAUGGCGAUGUUGAGCUGUCUGAAGGAGAUGAAGCUGAAAACGAGCCACUAAUGACCAAAGACAAACGUUUAUCAAAAAAAUCUGCACUGGGCAUUGAAGAACAAGAGGACCUUUCUGAAAAUGCUGAUGAAAACAUUGGUCCUGUUCUCCAGUUUAACUACAAAGCUGUUGCUGACAGACUCUUUGAAUUAGCCAGCAGAAAAAAUACACCUGCCUUUAACAGAAAACGCCUGUACAAAUUGGUCAAAAAGUUCCAGGACCUAGCAGAAGGAAUCUUCCCACAAGAUGAUUUUCCUGAAGAUGUUUCUACAGAUGAAGAUGACGAUACAUUCAGCAGGGGCAGGCGAAAGAAAAAAGUUGUCAAAUCCUUGGAGAAAGCCAAGCUGGAAAAAGAAAAAGAGAAGAAUGGAAAAGAGGCAUCAAGUACAGAGGAAGAUGCCUCAGGACUCCAGAAGAAGAGGAAGAGGCGGAAGAAGAGGGACUGUCAAAUUGCAGACUCAGGCACAGCUGAUGGGAGAAGUGAGGCGGGGGUACCUGAUGCAGUUGAACCCAACAAGGGCAGAGCACCAGAAGCUAGUAAAAGAAAAAAUAAAUCUCUAGACCAAGAGGCAGCUGAGACUGGAAUUGGAGUAAUUGGCAGUGGAGGUGAUGGUGACAGCUGUGCACAGAAUGCACUGACGGAUGUAAUGCAGAAUAAAAGGACAGAACUCAAGAAAAAGAAUACAAAACUGCAGAAGGUUCAUGUAAAACCUGUAUCUCAAAAUGGACCAGCUAAUGCCAAUUCCCUGUGGGAUGGCAGUGACUCUGCCACUGUAACUACUACCAAGAUGGUAAAAAAGAAACAGAAAAAGGGGACUGUCUUACUCAAUGGCGUAUCUGAACAGGCUGCUCUUCAGUCAGAACAGGAAAGCUUGCAGAGUAGCCUUACAGGAGAAGGGGACUUUGAAUCCACACUGCCCCAAAAAGUCAAAUUGAAGACUAAACCUAAGUUGGGCAGUUUAGACGGGUUCAGGGUCUCAAACCAGAAACCACCAUCCCUGAAAAAGAAGAGGAAGAUCAAGGAGGUGAUAAACUCUGUGGAAAUGAAGGGAUUUCUUGAGGCUGCAUGCAAGAAAAGCAAAAAGAGUGAGAUUGGUGGCACUCUCGCUCCAUUAAAGAAAAAGAAGGCAAAGACAGGGAAUGACUUCAUGAAAUUUGAAAAAACAACUUUACCAAAGCCAGUGUUCUUCAGGAAAGCCAAAGGCAGCCUCUCUUCAACCAGAGCCUCCAUGCAGUUAAACAAGCUGCAGUGUUCCAGCUCCAAAAAAGUCACCUUUGGAUUGAAUAAGAACAUGACUGCAGAAUUUAAAAAGACAGACAAAAGUAUUUUAGUGAGCCCAGAAGGAGCCUCCCGGGUGGCUUUCAACCCUGAACAAAAGCCUCCCCAUGGGGUGCUGAAGUCACCUGGUACACCCACAGGAGAGCCCCAGAUGAAGAAAUCAUUUGUAACACCAGCUAAGAAGAGACCAACUGCUAUGGACUUCUUUUAAGCCAACUUGGAGUGGCCUACUUUUGUACACGACAUUUCAGGAAACUAGAACUUUCUCUGGAAGUAUUUUGGACUUCUCUAUUUUUUUAAAUUGCUCUGAAGUGUAUAUAAAAGGUUCUGAUUAUGACCUGGGACAUGGUUGCUUUUACCACCUUUUCAGCUGAAGUACCUUGUUCCACCUGUUACAAGAAUGUUAAAAUGAGACUCUGCCCAGGUUUCCAAAAGGUGUGGUCUCUCCCCAUGACAUUCUCAAGAGAUUUGCUAGUUAAAGAAUGUUAGGGACAAUAUUUUGAGACUGAUUAAGAAAACUUGCUCUUCAAGCUGCUUGACUGUCUUCAGCAGGUCAGGAUGUUAAAGAGAAAAUGUGGAUGUUUAAAUCUACUAGUCAGCUGUCAGUGUAUUUACAGAUUUGCUCCUGACUAUUGCCUCGUAUGUUGUUCUGAUCACUGGCAUUCUGGUUUAGCCUUUUUCUACUAAUGAGCUGUUAAAUCGACUUCUGACGAUUGAAACCUAGUGUUUCUGUUUUAAUGGACCACUUCACUUUCAGUAGCCUUACUCAUGGCAGCAAAACUUUUUUCCAUGGAUUAGAAAUAAAGUAGUUGUUCAGAUGAUCAUUUCAUCUAUAAACCCCUGACAUUGAUUGGCCAGUCAGCUGCUUAUAUGCAAACCACAUGAAUAUCUGUAAAACAAGUGCCAAAUCUGACUUGUACUUCACUAUCACUUGUGGUGGCUGAGUUGGCAUUUCCACAUUCUUCCUUUUACCUACUACAACUGAAAUAAUGCUAUCAUAUUUGAGAAGUCUUUUGUAUUUUAAUGUUCAGUUCUGUCUUCUUUCCCAAAGAGAUUGUAAAAGUUUCAAAACAAAAUUUGUUUCCUCCUCUAUCAAUUGACGUCACUACAUUUUGAGCAGAGGUCAGACUUUCAUUCACUGAAUGAAGUUUAUACCAUAUUAAAGCAAGUGACAUCAGAGUAGUUCAUCUUUUUGUUUAGAAUAUGCAUCUCUCUGAAAACCUUGGUGCCUUUAAAUACAAGGUAGAGCUUUAUAUUCCAAGCAGCUCAUAGCUUUUUCUUUAAGGUAGAACCAGAAGCAUUAUUUCUACAGGAUUUUCUUUUUUUUGGUAUGUUUUAUUCUGCAUGGAAUAUUCAGGUAUUCUAUGAUUAGCCUAUGAUUUGACUUUGUUUUAGUUUUGUUUCUUACUCUUAUGACUUCAGUCAAGAAUGAGAGAAACUUCUGUAACAGACCAUUAAUUUAUUCUGACAAAUUAUGAUGGGGGGGGAACUAUUCUAUAAUCUGGUGCAGUAGGUCUUUUCAGAAAGACCUGCUUAUAGAAAAAGAUUUGCACCAGACCUUUGCUUUGGACUUAAAGCACAAUGGAGUGUCAGGACACAGCUGUUCGUUUAAUUUCCCUCUGUUACUUCUGGGAAUCCAUAGGCACAGAAAGCCUAUAUCAUUAUCUUGUCAUAUCACAACACAGAUGGUUACUUCAGCCAACGGAGUAAAUAUGUAAUAUCUGUCUAGAAAGAUAGAUAGAUCCAUAUCUUUUGACCAGUAUUUGGUGCCUGCUGUCCUCUGCCAAAUAGUUCCAACAGCUACUAGAAUGAAACUGUACCUUCUGAGAAACCAGUUCAUUUACAAUUUCUCCAAAAUGUUGUAUAAUUGUAAAUUGAUGGUGCUCAGUGUUAAAUGGCUCUUGCAAUUCCACUAAAUUAAUGCCAGUCCAUGGCUUGUGGUACUGACAUGAGAGUUUUAGAAAAUCAUUUAGUCCUGCUGUUUGAAUGUUACUACUCAGUCAAAAUGAAGGACUGAAUUUCAGUGGGCUGUAUUUUUUAUUGAUCUGGCUGCUCAAUAAAGAACUAAGGAGCAUACAUCUGACGACAAUAUUAAUCUUUGUUGUUUGGUACAUUAUUCAUUUAUAAAUAUGAGAGAUUCUUCAUUGUAUCGAAGAAAAUGACUUCUUCUGAGAAGACAGUGGUGAGUAGAAGUUAACAAGGACUAAUCAAUAAUAUUGUGCUGUUUACCUUGUACUGUGGGUAAGAAGUCUCUUGUGGAAUAUGCAUAAUAGCAUUUGUAUGUGCAUGGACUUCAAUGCAUUAUGUUUGAGAUUCAGUAUUCCUCCAAGGAUGUAGAUGCAACACAAUCAGUGGGUUGAACCUGGUGUGUGUAUAUAGAGACACUGGUGAUCAGAAGUUCAAACAAAAUGGUUUUUUUGUUUUUUGUUUUUUAAUCUUUCUGCAAGCAUCUUUAAAUUCUCAUCCCUCUUUACUGGUUCAGGAUCCUGUGACCUAGUGCAUGUCCAAAUGUACUAUCCUCACAGAUGCUAAAUGGUGUGGGUAAAAAUGGCAGUCACUGUUUAAUGAAUAUUGUAGUGAUAUGAUUGUUCAUUGGGGUUCAUGGAUUAAUGCAUACUGUGUCUGUACCAUUAUAUUGGUGGAAUGUCUUGUAAAUAUGCAUGUGUAGUAUGUAUUUCAUUUUCUUCAGUGGUGCCUGGAAUUUCAUUAAGGACAGGUUUUUAAGAAAACCCAAAAAACUGUCAAUGCAAUUUCUAGAUUAAAUUGAUUUAAAUUACCCAGAACAUUUCAGUAAUGGAAAUUCCAGUAAACAUUUGAAGAUAAAAGGAGAAAUCAAUGCAACAUCUGGGAUACCCACUGUGCAAACACAAUUAUAGUACAAAGAGAUGGAUUUUUUUUUUUAAAAGUGGGUUCUAAUCAGGUUGAUAUCACUUAAUAAUUUUAUUCCAAAUCUGCAGCUGCCAACCAUAUUCAGCAUUGAAAUAAACCGAAGGGGGUGGAGUUAAUGUGGUUAGGAUUAAAAAGACAAUAUUUUGUAAUGGGGAUCUCUCUCCAUUUUUUUUUAUAAAUCUGGUCAACUUUGUACUUGUCAAAUUUUUUCGAUGGUUUGUAAUUCUUUAUAGUUUUAGAUGAACUCAAAAGCACAUAACGAAUCCUCGAGGAAAACCUGUUUAAAAUUGUAUUUAAAAUAUCUGUCUGUAAAAGCUUUUAUUUUUUAUCAAAGCUUUGUGCACUCUUGUUCCUUUUAUUCUCGUUUCCUGAACAUAACUUUUAUUGUAGGCAGGAAAUAUGUUUCUUGCAUUACUUUGUGUACAUCUGCAACUGCACUGUUAAUAUAAAUAUGGAUGGUUAAACAUUGGAUCUUUCAGUCAAGUCCAAUAAAACUGUCAUUUCUGUG